AUGAGUGUCCAAGCAGAUCUUCCUAUCAUCAUUGUUGGUGCCGGUUUAGUAGGAUUGACCCUGGCCCAGGCCCUCAAGUCAGAAGGAAUUCCAUUCGAGAUAUACGAACGCGACAGUGGCCUGAACUCACGAUAUGGAGGCUGGGCUAUUUCUUUACAUUGGGCAAUGAAGCCGCUUGCAUCGUGUUUGCCUCCUGAGCUUUAUGCCCAAAUCCCCAAAAUCCAUGUGCAUCCAGAAGUGGCAGACAGGGAUCGUAUUCCUUCCGUCUAUCUAAAUCUCGAGACCGGAAAACCCAAAUUCGCAGCCGAAACCCAAUCGCAUUAUCGAGUUCAUCGAAUCAAGCUCCGCGAAAUUUUGAGCCAGGGAAUUGAUAUCAAAUGGAACAAAGCUUUCACGGGAUACAAGGUCACAAACGAUGGCGUCGUUGUCUCUUUUGCCGAUGGAACAGAAGUAAAGGGAACAAUUCUCGCAGCCGCAGAUGGAAAGAACAGCAGGGCUAAAUCAAUGCUCAUGGGCCGCGAAAAAGCCGCACUCCACGAUCUUCCCAUUGCUUUCAUUGGCCUGAAGCUUCGAGGAGAUGAAGAGUACAUGAAGCCGUUUCACUCCGUCGCUCCAGUUUUAUGGCAGGGAACCCACCCAGCCACCGGUGUCUACAUUUUCUGCUCGAGAGUAUCCACACCUCAGCUCAACGGAAGCGCUGGUUCAGAAAAGGAGUAUCAUGAAGUGCAAUUCAACAUGAGCUGGAUAAUGAAGGAGGAUGAGUCGCCAAUUCCAGCAGACAAUGCUGGGAAAAUAGCCAAACUGAAAGAAAAGGCUAAGGAGGGGACAGGAUUUUAUCCUGGGCUUCGCAAAGCACUAGACGGCAUAACUGACGAUCAAGAAGCGUUGGAUAUCAAGUUGCAAGAUUGGCCAACGCUGGACUGGGAUGUGUGUUCUGGGGGAAGGGUAACCAUUCUAGGAGAUGCCGCUCACCCAAUGACAAUGUACCGAGGAGAAGCGGCAAAUCAUGGUAUGUAUGAUGCGGUCUUGCUGAAAAACCAAAUUCAGCUCUGGCGCAAUGGGAAGAAAUCUCUUGAGCAAGCUAUCCGUGACUUUCAAACUGAGAUGCGAAUCAGAGCAAAUGAGGCAGUCUUGCUGAGCCGGCAGGCUUGUUUUGACUCUCACUUUCUAGAUAGCUUGACUCUUGCAAGUCCAUUGCUGUCAAUUAAAAGAAGACUGGUAUAA